AUGUCGACUGCAAAUCUGAAGGCGGGUUCACCAACACGUACCAAAGACGGCAACGAAGUUCGAACCGUAAAAGUUGCCGACAGGACUGGAUGUAUUAAUCUGUCCGUGUGGAACGAAAAGGGCGCACUCAUUGCCCCGUGUGACACGUUGCAGCUCCUACAGGGAGUGGAGAUGAAAGCGAAAUGCAAGCGACGCUCAGGCCAGCCCGAAAAGCCAACCAAUUUGCCAGAUCUCUUGGAAUACUUAACAACCCGGGGAAAACAAGACUUGGAUCCCGCGCUCUUGCGCGACCUAAAACAGCUCCUCGUCUCGGUCUCUUGUUACAGCGCGUCUGCAGAAGCCAUCGAGGAAGCCCACCGGCUGCUCUUCCUUCAUAUGCAGCGGCCGCAUGCUGAAAUAAGGCUGGGUUCACUGACAAUUUUGGACAUUUUAAGUAGUCCCGACGCGAUUGGCGAGGCUGACAUCCCAUCGUCAACGGCUUCUCGAGUCGCCUUCAAAUUCCGCGAGUUAACUAUCAUGCAGCUACAGGUAUGUAACACACUCGGGCCUUGCCGCCUCCUCUUAUUCCUCCUCCUCCUCCUCCCCCCACCACCACCACCACCAUCAUCAUCAUCAUCAUCAUCAUCAUCCCCUUCCUGUAUCCUCUCGUUUUUAUCUUUUUACUUAUAUUUGCUUGAUUGCCUGUAUAUGUUUGCACUUUCUGACUUAAUCCCAGAGACUGUUUUUUUUUGCGGUUGCCGCGUUGACUUCUAA